AUGGCAAGAGCAUUAGACAUCAUAUUGUUGUGUUCAUGGCUGUUCUUUACAUGCAUUGCCCAGGCCCAAACUGGACCUAUUGAUGUCACUCAACUUGGCGCAAAACCAGAUGGCAGUGCUGACAUGAGUCAGGUUUUGGCGGAUGCUUGGAAACAAGCAUGUAAUUCUACAACAGCAUCUACAAUUUUGAUUCCAAAUGGCACAUUUUUAUUGAAAGAAGCGAACCUUGAAGGUCCUUGCAAAGCUCCCGUUGAGAUUCAAAUACAAGGCACCAUCAAAGCACCUGAAGAUCCUGCACAAAUAAGCAAGGAUAAGGAAUGGAUGACAAUUAUAUACGUUGACCAAUUGACACUCUCCGGAGGUGGUACCUUGGAUGGCCAAGGAGCCAAAGCUUGGACCCAAAAUGAAUGUCGUGUAAAAACCGAAUGCAGCAAACUUCCAAAUACUUUGAGCUUGAAUUUCGUCAACAACACUGUCAUCCGCGACCUAACUUCUUUGAACAGCAAACUGUUUCAC